AUGUGCCGCACGACACUGACAAUGAUCUCUGCCGUCCCAAGUGCAUCUCCCCUCCGCCCCGUCCCCACCACCGCAACCGCAACUCCUCGUCACCUGCAGCCUUGCCGCGUGGCAUGUGAGGUAAGGGACGGUGGGCCAUACAGGACUUGCGGAUCGCGCGCAUGGCCCUUUUCUGAUGCCCCGCCACUGCCGUCGUCGUCGCCGUCGAACGCCGUGAGGAAUGAUUACAAAGAAAUACCCGCCCGUCGGGUUCCCUUGAGGCGCUAUUGCCGGAGCUCCGAUAAUGAUGAUCCCAUUUUGAUGAGUUCAGGAGCAAGUGCCGGUUCUAGCAGGGCUACUGGCUUAGCAACUCUGCUGACUGGAGGGGCUGAUGCUGGCACUGGGGAUGCUGGCGCUGGGGAUGCUGGUGCUGGAGUCCUGAUGAUGGCGGCGUUGUGGGUGCCAUGGAUGCUGUAUGUCGAUACUAGCAGUGAUGCUGAUGACGGCGCUAGUGAUGACACUGACGCUGGUGCUGGUGCUGGUGCCAACACUAACGAUGGUGCUUGUGAUGGAACUGACGCCGGCGCCGGUGCUGAUGCUGAAACUGGCAUUGGUACUGGAAGUGGAGCAGGGGAGGGGGUUACAACCCAGCCACUGGCCCAGCGGCCCGAGGUGGGAGGUGGAAUGCUGAUCUCUUCAGCAGCCACGGACUCAGCAGCCAACCGAGUCGAAGAGCAGGGGACUUGCCAGAAGACUCUCUGUCCGCUUCUAGUGCGAUUUGCGCGCGACGUAAGGUUUCAAGAGGAACGGAUGGGAGGGCAAUGCUUCAAUCCAACCAUCACUCACUCGUGGACGACUUACUUCACGUUCCAAAGACGGUCCGCGAUAGAUCGCUGUUGCUUGUACCGAACAAGACAACAUGGGCGGCACGGAGGCUACUCUCCUGAACCUCAUGAAGGGGGCGACGCCAUGGGCCAUCUCGAUUUUCUUCCUCUUCAUCCUCCCCUUCAUGAUGAUGUGGACGACGACGACGCUGACAAUGACGCCUUCGACGUCCCACUUCAUCCUCCUCAUCACCUAUGCCAGGGGAACGACGGAACUGACGCUCUACGCUCUUCUACUGUCGGGCCGCUCAAGUCGCGUGUGAGCAUCAAUUCAGAGACAUCUGAAGUCAGAGGGCUAGUAUAUGUUCACUCUGCCUAAAAGCCUACUUCGCUGCUCAGCCUACCAUACUGCGGCC